ACCGCCGUCAUCCGCGGCUCCCCCUACAAACACCGUGUCUCAUCCACGAGAAAUUAUAGUGUGUGUAUAAUUUACUCCGUAUAUACUAGCCGCACCAUCUUCUUCUUGGUCCCCUGCGCGACAAACCUGCCGGAGAAGGAAGGCCAUGUCCGCGGACUAAAGACUUCGCCGGAGUAUUUGCCGGACCAAUUUCCUUCGCCAAUCAAUUGAGUUUUUGAAGGUGGCCGAUCCGAUUGCAGUCAUGUUGAUUAGCCGGAUUCCCCACAUUUGCCUCCAGCCGCUGGCUUCCACUGCAAUUAUAAAAUAUAUCACUUCAGCCACUAUUUAUACUGAUGCUUCCAAUCACGAAGAUGAUCCCUUUAAGACACACCCGGGCUACCACCACCUUUCCACCAUCAAAUCCAAGGGAGAACUACUCCGAUCUUUCUCUGUCACUCCACCAAUCCUACCCUGGCCUCGGAACCUCACCCAUAAACGUCUCAUUUCUCUUAUAUCUCAACAACAUGACCCGAACUUGGCACUCCGUAUCUUUCACCAUGCCGGUAAAUACCACCCCGGGUUUUCCCAUAAUUACGAAACCUUCCACCAAAUCAUCCGCAAACUCUGUCGAGCCCGUGCCUUCACUUCCGUGGAGACCGUUUUAGCUGAAUUACAGCAAAGUGAAAUCAGUUGUCCUGAAGAACUGUUUGUCACCAUCAUUCGGAACUAUGGCGUUGCAAGCAAACCGAAACAUGCCAUUAAGGUUUUCUUGAAAAUAAAAAACUUUGGAACCGAAAGGACAGUGAAGUCUUUUAAUGCAUUGCUGAAUGCUUUGGUUAACAACAAAGAGUAUGAUUUGGUCCACAUCCUGUUUAAGAAUUGUAGAAAGAAGUUGGACAUUGUACCGAAUUUAGUGACAUGUAAUAUCUUGUUGAAGGCUUUGUGUAAGAAACGUGAUAUUGAUGCUGCAAUUUCAAUUCUUGAUGAAAUGCCUGCAAUGGGAAUAGUUCCAAAUGUUGUUAGCUACACAACCAUUCUAGGUGGGUAUGUGCUUAGAGGCGAUAUGGCGGGUGCAGAGAGAAUGCUUAACGAGACCCUUUAUAAAGGAUUGCUCCCCGAUGCCACUACAUAUACCAUUUUGAUGGAUGGAUUUGUCAAGAAAGGGCAGUUGAUGAAUGCCAUCAAGGUGAUGGAUGAGAUGGAGGGCAAUGGUGUCAAACCAAAUUAUGUAACUUAUGCAGUGAUGAUUGAUGCAUUGUGUGCAGGGAAGAAGCCAGGUGAAGCGGUCAGCUUGCUCAAUGACAUGCUCAAGAACAGGUAUCUACCCAGCGAAACACUCUGUUGUCGUGUCAUAGAUGCUAUGUGCGAAGCAGGGAAGAUCCAAGAGGCGUGCAAUCUCUGGAACAAGUUGCUGAUAAAGAAUUGCACCCGAGACGAUGCAAUAUCAAGCACACUCAUACACUAUCUAUGCAAGGACGGAAAACUUUGGGAUGCCAAGAAAUGGUUUGAUCGGCUCAAGAGGUGCUCGACUCCCAGUGCCUUGAUGUAUAACACACUGAUUGCCGGGAUGUGCGAGAACGGAGAGAUUUUUGAAGCCGGGAGGCUAUGGGAUGACAUGGUGGACAAGGGAUGCGCGCCGAAUGCGUUUACAUAUGAGAUGUUGAUCAAGGGUUUUUGCAAAGUUGGUAAUCCGAAAGAGGGAAUCAGAGUUCUACAGGAGAUGAUAGAUAGCGGUUGUUCACCAAACAAAACUACCAUCACUGCACUAGUCCAAGCGCUCUGUGACUCAAAAUCUGAAGAGGAGAAGUUAUUGAGGUGCUUUUCGGGGUUGCUUCCAGAGGACUAACAACAACAACAAACCCAGUAGAAUCCAAUGAGUAUAAAUGGGACCAUUAAGUAGUCUUCUUCAGCCAUUCUCUGGUUUUUAUGCUUUGUGAACCAGGCUUUAGAGUAUAAAUGGGACCAUCAAGUAUUUGCAAGAACCUCUGGCUGGCAAAUAACAGAAGAUUGCGUGAUCUAGAGAGCAUUGAAAGCUGAGCAAAUAAAAGGAUGACAGAUGAUGAUGAGCCUCUUGAAUCUGCUCCUGAUGUUAUUAACCGGUGCAGGGAAUAUGCUGAGGAGUAUGAAAAUGAGAGUGAAGAUGAAGAGGCAGUUCUUUUUGAGGAAAGCAGCAGUGAAUCUGAAAUAUGGGACUGUGAGACAGUUAGUUUCUACAUAUUCCAAUCUGGACAAUCAUCCUGGGAAAAUUGAAGUUCCAGGUGCAUAGAGAAAAAAGUAGUGAUAGCUGGAGAUUUUAUUGAUAUAUAUUUGGAGAGUUUGUACAUAAUACAUAAAUUUGUCUCAAGGCUUGUUGAGGAAGAUGAGAAAUCCUUCCUCUUCACAACAGGCAUGAAUUAUGGCUUUCCCAAAAUGUCAAAAUUGAACCUCCAAUUUCUCUAAAGUUGGAGGAAAAGUAUCUUUUUCCUUUUG